CAUAUUUUCUGUUCGGUUCCGGUUCGACUUCAGGAAGGAUCCAAAACAUCCCAACGUGGCUUUUACAAAUAAAAAAUAAAUUAAAAAAUGCAGUUAAAUGUGAAAAUUGCUCAAAAAAAAUCAGGAGAUAAAACAUGAAGUUUCAGUUCAUCUUCAUUAAAAUAUUCUUAAUCUGAAAACUGAACGGAGUUCCGCUGCGAACUGGACCGGUACCGGAGGUGAUUCUGUCCGUAGCUCGUUGGGGCCCCCUAGUGUCCGGGUAAAGGAAAACAGGCUGGUUGUUUAUAAGUUUGAUUGUAAACAAACAUAAAAAAUAGUAAAUAGUAAUAAAUUCUAUAUAUUUUUCUGCUGGAUAACAAAAAUAAAAUCAGCUUUUAGGAAAAUCAAUCAUUUAAUUUACGGUCUAAUUCAGUUUAGUUUACUGGUUGCCAGGAAACCGUCUGACGUCGGCUCGCGCCUGUUGUCCCGUUGCCAUGGUAACCGAGCUUCGGCCCACCGCAGAGACGGUUCUGUUUUCAACUGAUCCGGUUCCGUGAGAAAAGAGAGAAGACGAUGGAGAGCGACGGGAGAUUCAAAUGUCGGGACAUCCGCCUCAUUCUUCCCCAAACCCUGGCGAUGAGAUCCAAGGGAGCACGUGAGGAUCACCUCCAGCGCCUGGUGGACCGGAACCAGAAACUGAAGGAGAUCCGAGACGAAGUUCUGGAGUUCACUGGAGAGUACCGGGACUGCAUCAUGAAGCUGUGGUGGCUGCAGCGCUGCGAGCGCCGCUACGUCAGAGGAGCCGUGGUGAGGGGCGUGGAGGCGGAGCUGGAGCAGCACGAGGCCAACAUCAGCCAGAAGAGAGACAGGCUCAGGCAGCUGCUGGUGGCCGAGGAGCAGCAGCUGCUGCAGCAGCUGGAGGACAGCAAGGAGACGGCGCUGGAGAGGCAGGCCAAGAUGAGGGAGCAAGUGAAGAACCUGAAGGACCAGAGAGAGAGAGAGAGGCUGCAGCUGGUGUCCGACAAGAUGGAGCAGCUGUUCACGGAGCGCUGCGAGGAGCUGCGCAGCAUCAAGAGCCGGCGCCGCGAGCAGCAGGUGACCCAGGAGCGCCGCGACCAGCUGAGGGUGCAGCAGCAGGAGCGCCUGCGGCAGCAGGAGGAGGAGGAGCUGUUCCACCGGCUGUGGGAGGCCGACCGGCAGGCCAAGGAGGAGCAGGAGGCGCGGCGGCGGCGGGAGCAGCGGCAGCAGGACGAGGAGCAGCGGCUGAUGCUGCAGGAGCAGAUGGAGGCGGUGGAGCGCCGGCGGCGGCAGGAGAAGGAGCUGAAGGAGGAGGAGACGCUGCUGCUGCUGGAGCAGCAGAAGAUGGACCUCCUGCAGCGGCAGCGGGAGGAGCAGCUGCUGCAGCAGCGGCGGCGGCAGCAGCGGCAGCAGCUGGAGCAGGACCUGCGGCUGAAGAUGAGGCGCCUGACGCUGGAGCAGCAGAAGGAGCUGGAGACGGACAUGAAGAUCCUGCAGCAGAUCGACAAGGAGGACACGGAGCAGCGCAAGGAGGCGGCGCAGAGGAAGGCGGAGCGGUGCGAGGAGCAGCAGAGGUACCGGCAGUACCUGGCCGAGGAGCUGCAGAAGCAGAAGAAGGAGGAGCAGGAGACGGAGCAGCUGAUGGAGGAGAACCUGAAGGAGACGUGGAGGAAGAGGGAGAAGGAGAGCCGGCUGCGCAGGGAGGCGCGCGACCGGCUGAUGAAGGAGGUGCUGGAGACGCAGCGGCUGCAGAUCCAGACCAAACUGGAGGCCAACAAGGACAGACAGGAGCAGCUGCAGAGGGAGAGGGAGGAGGGGAAGAGACAGAGGGAGCUGGUGGCCAUGGAGGACAAGGAGGAGAGGAGGAGCCGCAGGCAGGUUGCGGUUGCGUACCAGGCAGACCUGCUGGCCCAGAUGCAGCACCAGCAGCGGCUGCGGCGCCACCAGCAGGCGGAGGAGGCCAAGGAGCAGCAGCAGGGCCUGAUCCUGCAGCGGCUCUACAACCUGAGGAAGGAGCAGCUGCUGGACAAGAUGGACGCCUGCAGCCACCCGCUGAGGAGAGCGCUGCGGCCGACCGCGCAGGCCGACUGACCGACCGACUGACCGACUGAGAGCUGGACCGCAAACCAGCAAUUAACUAGUAAUAAACCAGUUAACCAGUCCA